AUGGCGGCUCGGGCUGUUAUCAGCUUGAGCAGCGCUGCUGCCCAGUGCUUGUGGGCGCGAGGCCCCGGGCUCCGAGUGGCUCUUAAGCGCUCCGCCCUGGCCUUCCAGCCUCAGCCCCCAUGCUGCAGCGCCGCUGGGGGCCGGACGCUGCACCUCACGGCCGAAGUCCCCGCGGGGCACAACAAGUGGUCCAAAGUCCGGCACAUCAAGGGUCCCAAAGACGCAGAAAGGAGUCGCAUCUUCUCCAAGCUCAGCUUGAGCAUUCGCCUAGCGGUUAAAGAAGGAGGCCCCAACCCUGAGCUCAACAGCAACCUGGCCAGCAUCCUAGAGGUGUGUCGCAGCAAGCACAUGCCCAAGUCAACAAUUGAGGCAGCACUGAAAAUGGAGAAAACCAAGGACAUUUAUUUGUUGUAUGAAGGCCGAGGCCCCGGUGGCUCUUCUCUUCUCAUUGAGGCAUUAUCUAACAGUAGCUCCAAGUGCCACUCGGACAUCAAACACAUCCUGAACAAGAAUGGGGGAAUGAUGGCCGAAGGAGCUCGCCACUCCUUUGACAGAAAGGGGGUGAUUGUGGUUGGAGAGGAGGACAGAGAGAAGAAACCUGUGAACCUAGAGCGUGCCCUGGAGCUGGCAAUAGAAGCAGGAGCUGAGGAUGUCAAGGAGACUGAAGACGAAGAGGAAAAGAACAUUUUUAAAUUUAUUUGUGAUGCCUCUUCACUGCAUCAAGUGAGGAAGAAACUGGACUCUCUGGGCCUGUGUUCUGUGUCCUGUACAUUAGAGUUCAUCCCCAACACAAAGGUGCAGCUGGCUGACCCCGACCUGGAGCAGGCUGCCUAUCUCAUCCAGGCGCUCGGCAGCCAUGACGACGUGAUCCAUGUCUAUGACAACAUUGAGUAG